AAGUACAUUAAACACCAAUAAAGUUUAUUUUUUGUUAUAAAAAGGUGUAUCGGUGGUGCCGGGAUGACCGAUGAACAGAUCAAAGUAAUCAACACUUUCUGUUUUUUCACAUCUACCUACACUGUGGUGAAACACUUCAACGCCACAUCGGUGGAACUAGGCGAAAUUGCACAUCCCGGUGUAGGACCAGCAGGCAGAGAUGAUCGCGUGGUGCAUCAUGCAUACUACCAAUGGGUGCCCUUCGUUCUGUUCUUGCAGGCGAUCUGCUUUUACGCGCCUCACUACCUGUGGAGGAAUGUUGAAGGGGGUCGACUGAAAGUGUUGGUGUCUGGUUUGCAUAUGGCGACCCUGGCUCUCCGAGACACAUCUUUUCAAACCGAUAAUGGCGUUUCGGUUAUGUCGAAAGCUGAACGUGACGAUAAAGUACGACAGAUUCGUGUCGCCUUUAUAAAUCGGAUACAUUUAAAUCGGCCAUGGGCAUACUACAUGUGCCUUUGUGAGGUAUUCAAUUUCAUAAACGUGCUGGUGCAAAUCUACUUAACCGAUUGGUUCCUGGGUGGAACUUUUCUUGGACUUGGUCAAGCAGUAGCGGCUGGCACUAUCGAAGGAGACAUGGAUCCCCUGGAUGUCGUAUUUCCUAAGGUGACCAAGUGUGUCUUCCACAAAUAUGGUGCUUCGGGAACCAUCCAGAACCACGACGCACUAUGCGUGAUGGCACUGAACAUCGUUAACGAGAAGAUCUAUGUGUUCCUGUGGUAUUGGUUCAUCAUUCUUGCGGUGCUAACCGGUUUAGGUUUGCUUUGGAGAAUACUGACUAUGGUGCUGCAUGCCAGGAGCGUGCUGUUCAACAAGUUGGUCUUUCUCAUGGCUUGUCCAGGGAAAUAUUCACCAUGGAACGUUCUGACAGUUACCAAGGAAUAUCAUUUCGGAGAUUGGUUGUUCCUUUAUUAUAUAGCUAAAAAUGUGGAUAAUUAUGUGUUCAAAGAACUCUUGCAGCAAUUGGCCGAAGAUAUGCAAGGAAGACGAGCUCAAAGACAGAAUAUUGUUCAAGAGGAAGAACCGUUAACUCAUUGAAUAUCAUUGGUUCAAGGUUUCAGUUGUACGUGUUCAAGCUUCGACCAAAGAACAAGAUCUGUCUUCUACAGACAGUGUUUCGUAUGAGUAAUAUUACACAAUUGAUCAGAUCCGUUAUAUUCGAUACUAGAAAAUUAUGACUCAUCUUCCAAUAGUAAUUGAAACACUUUCAACUAUUUCUUAUGCCUUCGUUCUUUUGAAAUUUUUUAAAGUACUUUUGAAUCCUAACAAGUAGGUAAUAGUAGUAAAA